CCUCCAGGCAGUCUGUGGAAGCCGCCGCCGCCACCAUGGUGCAGGCCUGGUAUAUGGACGAGUCCACGGCCGACCCGCGGAUGCCACACCGCGCACAGCCCAACCGCCCUGUGAGCCUGGAGCAGCUGCGCACGCUCGGAGUGCUCUAUUGGAAGCUUGAUGCUGACAAGUAUGAGAACGAUCCAGAACUGGAAAAGAUCCGGAAAACGAGAAACUACUCAUGGAUGGACAUCAUCACCAUAUGCAAAGAUACACUUCCCAAUUAUGAGGAGAAGAUCAAGAUGUUCUUUGAGGAACAUCUGCAUCUGGAUGAGGAGAUCCGCUACAUCCUGGAGGGCAGCGGGUACUUCGAUGUCAGGGACAAGGAGGACAAGUGGAUCCGGAUUUCCAUGGAGAAGGGGGACAUGAUUACGCUUCCUGCUGGCAUCUAUCACCGCUUCACACUGGACGAGAAGAAUUACGUGAAGGCCAUGCGGCUGUUUGUUGGAGAGCCUGUGUGGACACCAUACAACCGGCCAGCUGACCAUUUUGAUGCCCGGGUACAGUACGUGAGGUUUUUGGAAGGAACAGCAUAGCAGUGCUCCUCAAAGAGAAAACAGCACUGUGUGAAGCUCCUGCUGUGGUAACUAAUUGGAAAGUUGCUCACCUCUCUGCUUUUAUAUGUGGACUUGAGGCUAGACUAGCUUUCUUUGGUAAGAUUGUUAGAUCAGAGUCUUUUGAAUGAAAGCAUCUCUAAAAGUGAUUUUUACAUGGAAGCCACAAAAAUGUGAACAAGUGACCUUAAUUUUCCCUAACUGUCAAGACUUAGCGGUCUAGGAGCCCUGGGUUGGUAUGUGCAUUCAUAUAUGGCCAAUCUUCAUCUCCCAGAAGGUCCUAAUGUAGGUGUCUGUUGCGGGCAUGAAGCUAUGCCCUAGAGGGCAGUUAUACCCAGCACAACUAACCAAAUGAUGUUUUUCUCCCUCAAUGAUUGUUGGGUGGGGAAGUGGGGUUGUUCUUUCUCCAAACUAAGUUACCUUAAUUGUAUGCUCACAGCUAAGCUGUAUUAUACUCAUGUGUACAUACAAUAUUUUACUUGGUUCAUUAAAGCCUCCCAUUUAGAUUCCUUAUGCGAUUUUAUAUGUAUGUAAUUAAUUUCUACAUCCAGGUAGAUAUUAUCAAUGUGGUUUUGGGUCUUUUACAAUCAAGAUUCAAAAGAAGUAAUAUAUGAUUUUUCUACUCCAGCACCUUGUGUUAUAUAGUGUAGAUGUAGAAAUCUAACCUAGCAAAUGCAAGGCCUUGGGUAUGAGCCCCUGUACCACAAAUAAAGAAUAAUAAUCCUGAAAUA